AGAUCAAGCGGAGCUCCAGCUUGGAGGACCUAUUUCGGGGGCUGAGUGAGCGCCGGCGAGCAGACUGGUUUUCCUUUGAGCUCUCAGGAGCAGCGGCGAAGACUAGCGGCGGAGGCUUGCACGGCUUCUACGGAGGCCGCCGCUCGGCCUUCCGGGAUCGGUGUCAGCAGCGAGGCGGGGGGCCGCUGGAGGCCGCCCUUGAGCGCAGGCGGCGGCGGCCGCCGAUGCCGGGUCUUGUCGUCGCUGUGUUGGCGGAAGUAUUGCGCUCGCGCGCCUACAUUUUGUGUCAACGGAGGAGCUGGAGCGGCGACGGGCAGGCGAAGGAGACGUGGCUGUCUAGCGGCCGGGCGAGGCUGGGGCUCGCCGUCAGCGAUGGAGAGGCGGAAUAUGAACCUGCCCCGGGGACCCGAGAACCUCUGCUUCGACAAGGACGAGUUCAUGAAAGCAGACUUUGAUGUCGAUCACUUUGUGUCUGAGUGCAGGAAACGCGUUCAGUUAGAAGAGCUCCGAGAUGAUCUAGAACUUUACUAUAAACUUCUUAAAACUGCCAUGGUAGAGCUCAUAAACAAAGAUUAUGCAGACUUUGUUAAUCUUUCCACCAAUCUAGUUGGCAUGGACAAAGCCCUCAAUCAGCUUUCAGUGCCUUUGGGACAGCUGCGAGAGGAAGUUAUGAGUCUUAAGUCAUGUGUCAGUGAAGGAAUCCGAGCAAUUGAUGAGCGUGUGUCUAAACAAGAAGAUAUCAGAAGGAAAAAGAUGUGUGUCCUGAGACUUAUUCAAGUUAUUAAGUCAGUUGAGAAAAUUGAGAAAAUUCUACACUCCCAAAACUCUAAAGAAAUGUCAUCACUAGAAGCAUGCAGGUAUGGGACUGGAAGUCCACUUCUGACUGGACAGAUUUUAGAGAGAAUUGCCACGGAAUUCAACCAGUUACAGUUUCAUGCAGUGCAGAGCAAAGGAAUGCCACUUUUAGACAAACUGAGACCACGUAUCGCUGGAAUAACUGCUAUGUUGCAGCAGUCUCUGGAAGGCCUGCUUUUAGAAGGCCUCCAGACUUCCAACGUCGACAUAAUACGUCAUUGCUUGCGAACCUAUGCAACGAUAGACAAAACACGAGAUGCUGAGGCAUUAGUAGGCCAAGUGCUUGUGAAACCAUACAUAGAUGAGGUGAUUGUGGAACAGUAUGUUCAGUCUCAUCCUAAUGGCCUCCAGACCAUGUACAAUAAAUUGCUGGAGUUUGUUCCUCUCCAUUGUCGUCUCUUGCGUGAAGUAACAGGGGGAGGUAUUUCAAGUGAAAAGGGUAAUACUGUUCCUGGAUAUGAUUUUUUGGUAAAUUCCGUGUGGCCAGAAAUAGUUCGUGGUUUAGAAGAAAAGCUGCCAUCACUGUUUAAUCCUGGGAACCCAGAUGCAUUCCAUGAGAAAUACACUAUAAGCAUGGAUUUUGUAAGAAAGUUUGAAAGGCAGUGUGGUUCACAAGCCAGUGUGAAAAGACUGAGGGCACAUCCCUCCUACCACAGUUUUAAUGAUAAGUGGAAUUUGCCUGUUUAUUUCCAGAUAAGGUUUAGAGAAAUAGCAGGGGCCUUGGAAACAGCUCUUUCUGAUGGCUUAGCAGAGGCUCCAGAUGGAAGUCCAUAUUGCCUCUUAGCUACACAUGUGACAUGGGCAAGUCUGCAGAAGUGCUGGUCAGAUCAGCUGUUUCUACCAUUGCUAACAGACCGCCUGUGGAAGCUUUCACUGCAGAUUGUAGCACGCUACUCUUUUUUUAUUAAUGAGCUUUUACUUAGGCCCAUCUCCAGUGAAAGUACAAAGGACAAUAAAAAGCCCUUGGCAAGCAGUAGCAAGGAAUCCCCUCUGAACCCAAGUGCUGUUGAGGACAAAGGAAAUGAUUCUUCUCCAGAGGGACAGUCAUUACCUUCUAUAUCCACUACUCAGCUAGUGCUUAUUGCUGCAGAUCUGGAUAAGCUUCAGCUCUGGCUUCCUGAACUUUUGGAAAUUAUCAAACCAAAACUUGAAACAAUUGGCUUCAAGAACAUAGCCUGCAUCUCAGGAGCACUGGAAGAUUCGAAGGAUUCUUUAUUGGGUUGCUGGCCAACCUUAAAUAGUAAGAUUAUUCAGGAUUUAAGUGAUUCUUGCUUCAGUUGCUUGAAAAGUGCUGUUGAAGUCCCAAGGCUUUAUAGAAGAACCAAUAAGGAAAUGCCAACCAAGGCAUUGCCCUAUGUCGACAGUGCCUUUAAACCUUUCCACAAACUGAAGAAUGAAUACAAAGAUACAUUGAAGCCCGCUGUAAUUGAGCACUGGUUUGAAGGAGCCCUCAGUGAAUGCACACAGAAGUAUUUUGCAACUAUAUCAGAUAUUCUGCAUUCUGUGAAGAAAAUGGAAGAGAGUUUGAAAAGACUGAAGCAAGCCAGAAAAACUGUGACUGCAAAUAGUUCAUCUCCAAGUGGAGGCAUGAGCGACGAUAACAAAAUCCACCUACAGUUGGCCCUGGAUGUGGAGUACUUUGGAAUCCAGAUGCAGAAGAUGGGGUUGCAGCUGAGCAACAUCAAAAGCUUUUCAGCUCUUUCAGAGCUUGUUCAAGCUGCCAAGGAUCAAAUAUCAACAGAACAAACAUAAUAUAAUUUCCAACUGUGAAAGCAGGCCUGGCUUCUAAAAAGAAGAGGAUUUAUUUUCACUUUUCUGUCACCAAAUACUAUGUAGCAGUGAAGUGCUUCCUAAUGCAGCUUCAGCAACAAGUUAAAUGUGUCUAACCACAAGGUACACAAAGGCUUGUUUCACCAAAAAGGAGAACCUUACAGGAGAGCAUUUACUUUAGUUUUCCAUUGUAUGGAAGACAGUUUAUAUAUUUCUAAACAUUCUACCACAGAGCAAUGGAAGUCUUUUUAUUUUUAUUGUAAAUCUUAUCAUGCAGAAAAACUGAUUUAAUAUGAUUAAAUAAAACAAGAAUACUAUUGUC